CCUUCCUCCAAGGCCACAAGUGAGUGCGUUGGAUUUUCAAAGUACAACAGAACGGCUGUCAAAGUUCUUGUCCCAGCUCAACCAACAAGAAGAGGAACAAACGAAUGUCGAGCACGAAUUCGUUCCUGAACGACAAGCUUUAGCGCCACAACUGGCAGUGGGACACAUGGUGCCAGAUCGCCAUGGUCAUUUACGUCACAAGCCGAAUUUUCAUCAAGUUGGAAACUCGGAAUCUUUCCAGUACUUCCACUUGCAUGAUCCCAGGACCACAAAACAAAUCACAAGAGCUCCUUCGCCACCCCCUACAAAAACCUACUCAUAUCGAGUGAACCCGUCCAAGACACCCAUCAUCAAGUACAACUCGCCUUAUACAACCAAGAGGACACUUGCGUACAAGCACACCAAGCCACCGAAAAAGGCCUAUCCUGCUGUGCUUCAACGAGGACCAACAAUUGGCACACCUAGACCGCGAACUACUAAACACUCUUUCAAGUACUUCACCCCAAGGGCAGCUCAAGGAAAUAUUUCGAUUCACCAUUUCAGCACCCCCAGGAACAAGGCAGCACCUAAGACGUCGUAUGCCAAGACGAAUCGACCCCAAACAACAACAUUCCUGACUACAGCUUCCACUCAACUUGUUCCAAAAGAACAUGUUAAGGACUUGCCUCGUACAGCUCAGCCAGCUUUCAAAGAGUUUACGGACCAAAUGAUGCAACCGUCCACGCCAGCGGGGCAAACUCAUGUGGAACAAGUUAAGCCGCAACUUCAUACACCAGAACAUUUCUAUGCCAGUCUAGCUCCUUUUGGACCCUCGAGGGACUCUCCGUUGACAUUUUCGGCCAAGACUUUGGUGAAGCAAUUGCCAUCUAGAAAUCCUGACAAGUCCAAUCCCUUUCUGCAGGGAGGUUUCAAUGAAGUCACCACAGAGAGAGAAUCCUUUAGUACGCCUUUGUAUAGGUCGCACGUGGAUGGAGUCAUUUUUGCGGAACAUAAGACCAAAAAAGAAAAAGAACAAGCAACAAAACAAUCCCCAGAGGUCAGGACACUACCUCAAAGACCGCUCCAUGACGAUAUCCAAGAGGAAGCAUCCCAAAAUGGUGCUCGACCAGUGAAGAAGAUCCCAAGAUUGUCAGAGUCGAUCGAUUUCGAAAUUGUAAAGCCAGUCUCCAAACAAGCUUUCCUGGACUUUGGCACAUUCAAGAAAACUCAGGCCAUUGGUGGGAAGCAGAAGAGGAAAAUCGGAAAAGACCUUGGAAUUCCCAAUAACCCCGAUCAAAAUACCAUUCCUCACGGAGACGAAAUUCACUUUGAGGGAUCUGAGAGCCUCUCAAACUCUACCUUUUCCAAAUUCCAAAUCAUCAAACAAACGGUUAACGUGUACCCAGACGACAACUGGCAGCCUAGCCUCCCCAAGGCCAAAGUGGUUGAUCCAAAUGAGCCUCCAUUGUGUCAGCAUCCUGCUCCAGUCACAAAUGGUCAGCUCCGUUGCCAUGGUCCACAACCCAAAGAGAACCAUUAUAUCCCUGGAUCCCAUUGCUCACUUCUGUGUCAACCUGGUUACGCCAGUGUCAAGAAAUGGCAAGCCACAUGCGGUAAAGAUGGCGCUUGGCACAGUUCAGCCGCACUCAGAUGCGAGGAAACGGUGGCCGUUCUUAUUGGCGGAUGGAACCCAGAAAAUGGCACACUUCGUGACGUCGAGGUGUUUGACGCAAAUUCGUCCAGUGAUUGCGCAAACCUGAAAUUAGCGCCCCUGCCUCAGGCUCGAAGGGGUCUGAUUGCAGGGUGGAUAGACGGGCGAAUCAUCGCCUGUGGAGGGCACAACAAUACCCAGGAGCACAACCUGUGUUGGCAAUACGAGCCCUGGAGUGACCAGUGGCACGAUUUGGACAAAACCCUGGGCAAGGAGCGUCACUUUGCCGCCUACGCCACUAUUGACUCGAAGCUCAUUGCCCUGGGAGGACGUGAUGGACGCGCCAAGCCAAUGGCCAUUGGCACGGUGGAAGAACUGGAUCCUAGCUGGACUUGGAUGGAACGUCCCCAACUCAAACUCAGCCAAGAACGGGCCUACCAUUGUGCCGUCCCGCUCAACGAUGACACCCUCGUCGUAAGUGGAGGGUACUCAUAUAACUCCGUUGUGGGUAUGACUGAGGCCUAUAAUCUGACCACAGAUAGCCAAUGGCGCAGUCUUGGUAACGCCAAUCUGCAUCAGCCGCGCUAUCUCCAUUCUUGCGCACAAGUGUCAACGGGUCCCAACUCCAAUGAUUACACGGUCAUUGUGGCUGGAGGCUAUGCCAACGACUAUCUCAAUUCCACUGAGGUGUUCGACCCCAUUCUCCAAAGCUGGACCCAAGUUGGUGACCUUGAGGUACCUCGGCAAGGCGCUCAAAUGGGCUUCUUGAACGGCAUGCCCACAAUCAUGGGUGGCUUCUAUGACAUGAAUAAAUUCCCCAAGAUCUUAGAGCAGUACGACAAGGACACCAAAAGAUGGCGGACCUUGAUCCAUGAACUUCAAAUACCAAGACGCUAUUUCGCUCUCGUCCAAGUGCCAAGAUCCGUGCUCAAAUGCUCUGUCAGUGCAAACAGUAUUAGUAAUUCAAAGAAUGACAUAUGAGAGCAAUAAUUUACUCAAUCAUGUGUGCGGUUAAAAAUCAAAUCUUUCUUUAAACA